AUCAGUGAAAUCAGUACUGAGUGAAUAUCCAUUGUUAGUUUCAUUUGUGGUGAUAAUUGCCUAAAUAUUGAUUAUAAAUUCGAUAAAGUGAGACUUAUUCGGUCAGUCUCUGUUUGUGAAUAUUGUUAUUUUUAUUCGUUGAGACAUAUUAACAGAACGCGUGGAUACGUCUGUCGACGAUCUGGAGAAGAAUCAUAUUUUUAAAUGAAUACAUAGUUUUUCUACAGGCACGCGCACUCCAUUCACUAAUUACUUUGGUCAUACAUUAAUCUGUUUGAUCUCUGGAAACAAACCACUGAGUGUAGAUAAGGAGUUAUGUAGAUCGUGUAGAAGCAACCAAGAAAAGAUAAUGAAAAAUCACUAUUGGAAAAAAAAUUAGAUAUCAAAAGUGCUUUUUCUUCAAAUUAUAUUUGAAAAGUUUUCAUUUGUAUUGGUAAUUACUUAAUAUGGUUAGUUUUACUUCAUUUCAUGACUAUCCUUUUCUAGAGCGGACUUCUGUCAUAAUAAAUAAUAACACUGAAGUCAUGACCUAAAUAACCAAUUUAAAUUAAAAUGUUUUGAGAAAAACAAGAAAAAGAAAACAUGAUUGUUAUCAUUUACGUAUAAUUAUGUCGAUAUCAAAUAAAUGCAUCUAUUCAAAGAUAUAUUGAUUAAAUCUAACUAAGAAAAGACAUACGUACAUGAAAUUCAAUAAAAUAUUUGAAUAUCGAUGAACUGACUUGUAGUUACAAACAUGACAUUUCAUAGUAUCGAGAAACCCUUGUGUAAUCAAUUGUUUAUAAAAAAUUUUCUCACUUAUGACUACUCUAUCCAAAGUUGUUCUUAGAUUUCAUUGAAUCUAAAAAAAGAAAGAGUUUCCGAAUCAAAUAUCAUUUGACAAGGCUUUCAAAGUUGAUCACGGUUGAAAUGAACUAUUGGCAAAAAUCUAUAAAUUGUCGUUACCAUAAAUAAGCAAAAAUUUAAGCGAAUUAUAAAAUUUUUGAGAUCAAAAAUACUUCGACAAACACUUUUUAUAAACAAAAAUCGUUGAAAUUUAACUUUUAAAUUACUGCUGUUUUUCAAACCUUUCAGAACAAAAAACGAAAGUGUAAAAAUAAAACGGUUCUUCUAUUUAGUUUGAUUUUUUUAUAAAACGAAAGGUGAAGGUUAUCCUUACAACACAUGAAUAAGACAUUCUUUCAUUAAAUAGAUGAUUAUCGAGCAAACCUGUUACGAUAGAAAUCUAAGAUUAAUAUGAAUGAUAAGAGAGAAAUAGCAUUUCGAAAGUUUUUUUUCUUCUGUGCAAUAGUUUGCUUGAUAUGUGUGUUUCAUUGGUAUAUCUUAUUCUUUCUAUUCAGUAGACAUUCGUUGAUUAAAAGGUAAAAUAGAAUGAAAUUCAUCAAAGAGAAUAAUUAUUUAUAGAUCGUUAACAUAUAUUGAUAUAAGUCAUUCUUCAUAUUUUGAAAAAUUUUGGUAUGGUCGCGUAACUACGGCUUUAAAAUUUCUUAUUGGUUAUGUUUCUAGUUUGAAAGGAGACUGUCAAUAUUAUCAAUCACAUACGAUCUUAGCAGCGGAACGUUAUGGAGCUGCUUCAGAAAAAUUGGCACACAUUGGCGAGUAUUCUACUCAUUCUGCUUUCAAUGCUGCUGAACGAGCAGCUCUUGAUUUCGCUGUAGCUGCCUCGACAGUACCCAAUGCUGUAAACAGUUCCAUUAUUGAAAAUCUACGUCAACAUUGGAAUGAUGGUGAAAUUGUCGAAAUUUUAGGUGUAAUCAGUGUCUUUGGAUAUCUUAAUUGA